UCGAUUUUCCGCCGCCGCAUCUGCUCUCGCCGGCCGCCCGCCCGCCGUGUUCCAUCCGUCGAUGGGGAGCCUCUUCUUCGUUCUUCCUGCAUACUACCUCCGCACACCCUCCCCUGACCAUGACGACAACCUCCUGUGUCGUGGGAUCGAAGAAGGUGCGGACGUCCGACAGCAACCGCCGCCGACCCAGCCCAACCCCGCCAACUGGAGACUAUUCAAGAUCUUCGCCAGGUGUCUUACAGCCAUGGUGAGCAUCGGAAUGAUCGUUUGGAUUUUCGUGGCGCGACAUUUGAACUUGGAUCCUGAUCUGCAAGACCCUUAUAAGAUGGCAGCACUUCUGGUUUUGUCCCUUAUUCCGGUGGGAUUCGGUUUCAUGAUCACGCAAGGAGACAUACAGACCAACAUGCCAGCUCAAGGGGAAGAACACAUGUAG